CACGCCAGUUCACUUGUAAACACUGAGGUUACGGAUAGGAUACGGCUGACAACAACCACGUCAAUGAAUUCCUCCAACUUUAAUUUCACCUUUCAUUCACCGGUUUCAUCGACUAAUUAAAGAGGCGGUUGCUAUGAGAUGACACUCUGUGACAUUGGUGAGAGCCUCUGAUGUAGCGAAGCCUGAAGCUCCACUUCUCCAGGAUCCUUUUCCUUUCGAAGCUCUGUCUGUGUGUGCCCUGCUCAUGUGACAGACGAGGGGAAAUAUACGCUCUCGUAUCAACGGACUCACAAAUACCAUGGCAACUUUUACUGCUCAUCGUGCCACGACCAACGCCAAGGCGGCCCGAACUUCAAGGCAAGGGAGCGGCGACGAGGCGAAGAAUAGGGAGGUGGGACAAAACACUAUUUUGGAGAAAACCCACGAGUUCUUUAAGAUGUGUGACAUUGAGAACAAGGGCUUCAUCUCCCGACGGGAUAUGCAGAGGCUGAACGCUGAGCUCCCUCUCAGUGCGGAGGAGUUGGAGAACGUAUUUGAUACCCUCGAUUCUGACGGCAAUGGAUUCCUCACUCUCGACGAGUUCUCCUCCGGCUUUAGUAAGUUUUUAUCAGGUCAGAAGAUUUCAGUAGAAGAAGGCAUGGGGGAGAAGAACACCUGUAAAAGCCCGACAGAGGUCCUGUACCAGACCCAGUGGGAGGAGAGCCUGGCGAGACCAGACGAGGAUGAAGAGGAGAAACACUUCGGCAUGCUCAUGGAGAGCCUCGGGGCGAACAGCGUCUUUGAAGAGUGAGUACUGUCUGGGCGUGUGUUCUUUGUGUUUACACCGCGUGGUGAUAAGCCACGUCAUAUCUUUGCACACUUUGUUAAUGUCUGCUUUCAGUCUACAUUACAUUUUAGGCAACAUAGCCUGAGACUUUUAUCAGCUGAUCAAACUAAACAAGAGUUGGAAGUUUCCACUCUCAAGCAAAGCCGUUCCUGUGAGCAAUCUCUGCUCUGCCUCUUUUAUUUUAAGAGGCCCUAUUAUACUUUUCGGUGUUUUCCAUUUUCUGUAGUGUGUUAUCAAGGUUGUUGUGAAUGUAAA